AAGGAUACAUGGAUUUGACAUCAUAUCAGUCACAGUCACAGAGUCAAGUUUAUAUUCAUGAAGGAAGUGUGUUACAUCAGAUCGCAAGACAAGGUUGAGAGGAAGGUUGGCCACUGAAGGGGUCCUUUGUUGAGAGGAAGAAGAGUACGAUGUGACACUUCUCAUUGCAAAAGUGUGUACUUUCUAUGGAGAGCAUCAAUUUGUUUUCAUGAUGAAACCUGCUAACACAGUCGUGGCCCAGACUCUACUUCUACUGGCACAGUCACUCUGCGUCUCCACCAUACUCAUCUGCCCAAACCUUAGUUAUCUGGAAACAGUUGUACAGUUGAUAUGUACAGGGGGAGGUAUUUUACACUCGUAUAUCAGCCCCAGAGGUGUUGAGGUUGCACAAUGUCAACUGUCAGGUGGGCCGUGUGAUCCUUCGGACGCCCCAGUGACUGUCAUCAACAACACUCAAACUAUCUUUAACAUACCCAGUGUACAGUUAAAAGAUGUAGGGACAUGGUCGUGUAAACCUGGACGUGAAGAUGCUGGUACAUGUAAUCUGACUGCUGCAAAGAAACCAACAUGCAGCAUCAUCAGUCAGGAGGACACUGAUGUACUUGCCCAGUAUCAGGCGCUGACACUCACAGUGGACAUACAAGACUACUACUGUUCCACAGCCCUCACCUUCUCACUCCAGACCGGGAAUGUGACAACACUGCUGAUGAAAGCUGACUCUGUAGCAAGUGUUUCUCACACCACUUCUUCAGUAACCCUGAAUGUGACGGACUCCCACCUGGGGGUUGUAAGACUGAUGUUUAGCUGUCACAACAGUCAAUGGAAUCUUACUUGCAAUGGUGUGACUGAACUCAUUCCAAAGACCCCCACAUGCAAGAUAACCAGUGACAAAGAUACUGAGACGCUAACCCUGUAUGAGGACGUGACGCUUACAGUGGACAUUGCUGCCUUCUACGACAUACGAGGUUACUACCGUUCUGUAUAUUCCAACUUCACACUACAGACCGGGGAUGUCACACAAUUACUGAAUGUUGCUGGAACCGGGGCUGACCAUGAUCUUUCACCAAAAACCUUCAAUGUGACCGAAACACACUUGGGUGGAGUAAGGCUGGUAUUCUACUGUCAACACGAACACUGGAAUCUCACCUGUGAGGGAGUAGGGGAACUCAAUAACAAAAUCAAAACAUGUGAUGUCCUAGCCACAGCCUCCACUCCAGUUAUUGCUGCCGGCGUUGUUGUUGCGAUAGUGUUUCUCAUCAUCGUCGUCAUCAUCAUCGUGUUUCUCGUCAAAAGAAAACAGGUAAAUCAAAUAAAAGCACAGGCAUCACUUAAGCCUUCUCCCCCUCCGUACAUAACGGUAGGGGCACCCGGAAGUUCAGCUUAUGCUACCGUGGAGCUGAAUGAUGCUCCAGGUGGAUCAAAGAUCAUAACUGUAAUAGAUGCAGGAGGUUAUGCAUGUACAGGGGACUUCGUCAACAAUGCUGACAUCAGAUCAAGUUCGCUGACGAAGGAUGAAUCACACGAGAUAUCGUUAGCGGCAACAUCCACAGACAAUCCUAAGAAUGACCUCGGUGUAAUUGUACAGCACAUUAUUCCCGAAGAUAAUACAAGUCAAAUCAAUGAGCUCUAUGCCUCUAUUAACAAAACGAAGGACAUGACAGUGCAAUAUGAUGACACAGCAAUCUGAUAAGUUGUUAUAUAUUUGGCGAAUAUUUGAAUAUCAUUAUCAUAUUUUCUGCUGUUUUCGGAAGUUUUUGUUUCAAGUUUCGUUUGUAUUUAAUCUGAUUUUCCAUUAACUUGAGUUACCAGAGUGUAGGGAGGGGCAUUAUCUAGGAUUCGAAUGUUCCACCUUGUCAGGCAUAAGUUGCAGAGACGUGCAUUGUGAUUUCUUAAAGAAAGCCAACAAAGCAUCAAACUAUGCGUAA